AUGGAACCAUUUAAUAACACCUCAGACAGACCAGUUGAACACAUUAAUCAAUUAGAAGAUUACAUGUGCAAAUCUAAUAAUUCUCUUACUAGAAAGCUUAAAAAGCUAUCAAGAAAAAUUAAGGAUAACAAAAUCUUUUGUAUUUUGGUUGUGAUUUGCACUUCAAUAUUAUUUACAAUUUAUUUGAAAAGACGUGGGGAAAGUGAAAUCUCAAAAGAUCCAACUUUUUUUGACACGCCAAUAAUUUAUUCUAAUGAAACCUUAAUUGAAAAUCCAAUAAUAUCAAAUAGAUAUUCUGUAAAUAAAGAUACAGUAAAUUCUAUUAAAUCUCAGACAGAAGAAGUCACUAAAGGUAAAAUUAUUGAAAGUGGUAGUACAGUGGUAGAAAAUAUUAAAGAAAAAUUAAAUAAAUUCCCACUUAAAAAGGCAGAAGGUGAUAGCUGUUCCAAUAGAGAGAAUAUUGUUAAGGAAUUAGAAGAAGAGAUUGAAAAUAUUAAAAAUAAUGAAUCUGAAAAUAAUGAUUUCUUUGAUGAAAAUGAAGGUGAAAAUCUACUACCUGGUAAUAUUCAAUCUCCAGAAGUUCUUGAUCUUUUAGAAGGUGAAAUUUUAAGAGAAGAUGAAAGAUUAAUGAAUUAA